AUGUCUGCGUCAGAAAAGUUGGAAAACUUGACUAUCAAUGAAAAGCCGGCUGAAACACCAGCCGAUAAACAGGAAAGUUUAUCUUCAGAACAAAAUGAAGAAGUUAUCUUGGGUGAAGAUGGACAACCAUUGUCAAAGAAAGCAUUAAAGAAAUUGCAAAAAGAGAAGGAAAAACAAGCAAAGAAAGCUGAAAGAGAAGCUCAAUUAGCUAAAGAGAAAGAAGCCAGGGAGAAAGAAGCUGCCAAUGAUCCAGCCAAAGCUAACUAUGGGAAAUUACCUCUUAUUAAUUCAUCAUCAAAGUCAAAUGUAAAGAGAUCACAAAUUGCUGAUUUGUCAGCUGCAAACGAUGGUGAAACUGUCACCCUCAGAGCAAGAGUCCAUAAAACCAGACAGCAAGGUGCCACAAUGGUAUUCUUUGCCUUGAGACAACAAACCAAUAUCAUUCAAGCUUUGUUAAAGACCAAUAAGGAAACUGAUGACAAGGCUAUCUCAAAACAAAUGGUAAAGUGGGCAGGAGGUAUCAGUUUGGAAAGUAUUGUUUUGGUAGAAGGUAAAGUAGCCAAAGUCGAUGAAUUGGUCAAGUCAGCAACUGUUCAAGAUGCAGAAAUUCACAUCACCAAGAUUUACACCAUCCAAGAGACUCCAGAACAAUUGCCACUUUUAUUAGAAGAUGCAUCAAGAACUGAACAAGAGGCUGAAGAAUUAGGAUUACCAGUUGUCAACUUGGACACUAGGUUGGACUCGAGAGUUAUUGACUUGAGAACACCUACUAAUCAAGCAAUUUUCAAAAUUCAAUCUGGUGUUUCACAGUUGUUCAGAGAAUUUUUGUCAAAGAAGGGAUUCACUGAAAUUCAUACUCCAAAGAUUAUUGGAGCUGCUUCUGAAGGUGGUUCAAAUGUUUUUGAAAUCAACUAUUUCAAAGGAUCUGCAUUCUUGGCACAAUCUCCACAAUUGUACAAGCAACAAUUGAUUGCUGGUGAUUUCGAAAGGGUAUUUGAAGUUGCUCCAGUUUUCAGAGCCGAAAACUCAAACACACAUCGUCACAUGACUGAAUUCACUGGAUUAGAUUUGGAAAUGGCGUUCGAGGAACAUUAUGAUGAAGUUUUGCAAGUUUUAGAAGACUUGUUUGUAUUCAUCUUUACUGAAUUGAAAGAAAGAUAUGGUAAGGAAAUUGCCACUGUCAGAAAACAAUUCCCAGUUGAGGAGUUCAAGAUCAACAUGGUCAAAUUACAUUUCAAAGAAGGUAUUGCUAUGUUGAGAGAAGCUGGUAAAGAAGUUGAUGACUUUGAAGAUUUGUCCACCGAGAAUGAAAAGUUGUUGGGUAAAUUGGUUCGUGAAAAAUACGACACUGAUUUCUACAUUUUGGAUAAGUUCCCCUUGGCUGUCAGACCAUUCUAUACCAUGCCAGAUGCUGAAGAUCCAAGAUACUCAAACUCAUAUGAUUUCUUCAUGAGAGGUGAGGAAAUCUUGUCAGGUGCUCAACGUAUUCAUGACCCAGAAUUAUUAAAGGAAAGAAUGAGGGUACAUGAAGUUGAUCCAAAUACCCCAGGUUUGAAUGACUAUGUUGAUGCAUUCACCUAUGGAUGUCCUCCUCAUGCAGGUGGUGGUAUCGGGUUGGAGAGAGUGGUUAUGUUCUUCUUGGACUUGAAAAACAUCCGUCGUGCUUCGUUGUUCCCAAGAGAUCCAAAGAGAUUAAGACCAUAA